AUGUCAACUAAGAAUGAAUCCCCUAAAAUGCGUGUCAGAGUCACAUCUGGAAAAUUUCUAGGUUUUGUUGUCAGGCAUAGGGGUAUCGAAAUUGAUCAAACAAAGAUUAAGGCAAUCCAAGAGAUGCCCGAACCUCGAAACCUUAAAGAACUUCAUGGCCUUCAAGGCCGUUUGGCAUACAUUCGAAGGUUCAUCUCCAACCUUGCUGGAAGAUGUCACCCAUUUAGCCAUCUCAUGAAAAAAGAUACUCCAUUUAAUUGGGAUGAAUCGUGUCGAAGGGCAUUUGAAAGCAUAAAAAAGUACUUGUCUUCUCCACCAGUGUUGGGGGCACCAGUCAAAGGAAAGCCUCUUAUCCUUUACAUUGUUGCACAAGAGCGUCAAGCAAUAGCAGAUUUCUUUGCAGAUCAUCCAGUGCCACCUAACUGGGAGCUUUCUGUUGAUUUGCAUGGGGAGGAUGUGUUCUACAUUGACGUACUCCCACCUUGGGAAAUGUAUUUUGACGGAGUUGCUCGUCAAGAUGGCGCUGGAGCUGGAGUUGUCUUUUUGUCUCCAGAAAAGCAUGUUCUGGCUUACUCGUUCGUGUUAACUCAAUUAUGCUCAAAUAAUAUGGCCGAAUACCAAGCCCUCAUCUUAGGCCUCCAAAUGGCCGUGGAACUAGGACUAAAGGACUUAGAUAUUUAUGGAGAUUCACAGCUCGUGAUAAGCCAACUUUUAGGAGAAUAUGAAGUCAAGAAAGAGGAUUUAAUUCCUCAUCGCAGAUAUGCAACAAAAUUGCUUGAAAAGCUUGACACUGCUAAGUUGAAUCAUGUUCUAAGGAGUGCCAACAAAAUGGAUGACGCACUUGCAGCGCUUGCAGCCACUUUGGCACUGGGGGAAGAAGAAACCAUGUCCGUACCGGUUUGCAACCGUUGGGUCGUUGCGCCUGACGUAGACGAAACUGAAGAUGAAGAAGUUGAGGAAGUCGACAUGAUCAUUGUUCAUCAAAUUGACCAGGAAGAUUGGCGUCAACCAAUUAUCGACUAUCUAAGUCAUCAAAAAUUGCCUAGUGACCCAAGGCAUAGAAUGGAGAUUCGUCGUCGAGCCCCUCGAUUUAUACUUUUUAAUGGAACUUUGUUUCAACGAUCUUUCAAUGAAUCAUGGUCGAGAUGCAUCGGAGACGAAGAAACAAUGAAAGUCAUGGAAGAGGCUCACGCUAGAAUUUGUGGUGCACAUCAAUCAGGUCCUAAGUUGUAUGAUUGCCUUAAAACAAUGGAACCCUUGCACCCUACGGUCUCGUCUUGGCCUUUUGAAGCAUGGGAACUUGACGAUGUUGGUCCGAUUACACCAAAGUCGUCUGCGGGUCAAGCAUAUAUCUUUGCAGCAACUGAUUAUUUCUCUAAGUGGGCGGAGGCCGUCCCUCUCCGCGAGGUCAAGAAAGAAAAUGUCGUCGAUUUCAUUCGUACUCACAUCAUUUACAGGUACGAUAUACCUCAACGGAUCAUCACUGACAAUGGAAAGCCAUUCUUCAACGCAUUGAUGACAAGUCUUUGUGAGAAAUUUAAAUUCACGCAACAUAAAUUGUCCAUGUACAACGCUCUUGCAAACGGCCUAGCGGAAGCCUUCAAUAAAACACUUUGUAAAUUGUUGAGCAAAGUUGUUUCAAAAUCGAAGCGCGACUGGCAUGAAAAGAUAGGGGAAGCUCUUUGGGCUUACAGGACGUCAUAUAAAACAGCAACACAGUCAACCCCAUAUGCUUUGGUGUAUGGUGUCGAAUCUAUUUUGCCUUUGGAACUUCAAAUUCCAUCAUUGCGAGUAGCUAUUCAAGAAGGGUUGACUAAUCAUGAAAAUGACAGACUUCGUCUAGCAGAGUUAGAGGCACUUGAUGAGAAAAGACUUCAAGCACAACAGAAAUCGGAAUGCUAUCAGGCUGGUUUAUCACGCGCAUUCAAUAAGAAAGUUUGA